AUGGCCGCAGGACCCAAGUCACAGGUGAGCCUCCCUGAGCUGCUGCUGAGAGCCGUCAAGCCCAUUGCCCGGAUUGGUCUCCGGUUCCGGGCCCAGGCCGAGCGCAGGCAGUUCCACGCGGCACCACUGAAGGGCAAUAGAGCUCCACUGGCCAGAGCAGAGGCAGGCUUGGGGAAGAGGCUCCAGGGCAGUGGGUGCUUUGGUGUGCAGUGGUGCCCUCGGGUCCCUCCGGUGUUCUCAGCCGCCUCCUUUGAUGGCUGGAUCACUUUAUCCUCUGUGAUGGGUAGAAGCUGGGAAGUCCAGCAGAUGAGACAGGCUGACAAGAUCUCCUCUUCCUUCAGCAAAAGCCAGCCUCUCCCACCACUGCAGGGGCCAGAGCAGGUGGCACAAUCGACAGUGAUGCCGCCCUGAAAAAAGCCCCCCAAAUGGAUUGGAAGGCCAGCAGGAGUUUCAUUCACUUUUGGGGGGGAGCUGGUUUCCUUUGACCUCCCCAGUGCCCCUGCCCAGUAGGUGCCACAGCCUGGUCCCCACCUUGUCUUCAUCAGUCAAGUGACCACGGAAUCUGAAUUCCUGACGCGGUCUGCCGAGCUGCAGGCGGCCCUGAGGUCAGGAAAUCUCCUGAAUUAUUGUCAGCGCAAGAUCGAGCAGAUGGGGCUGUCCGCUGAAGAGCGGCUCUGGCAGGUCCUGCAGCUGCCCACGGUCUUUACACCCCCUGCACCGAUGACUGCUCCAGUCAUGAGCCUCACCCCUGAACCUGGAGGGGGCCUUUCCUCACAGUCCGCAGCCCCUGGUGUGGGUGGUGCUCCCCUGGGGGCUCCAGGAGAGCUCACGCUCCUUCUGCAGCAGCUGCCAGUGGAGAACAUGGACAGGAAAGCACUUCCCCCAGAGCAUUGGUCUUUGAAGACCAGCCUUGACAGCCUUCUGCUGUGCGCCCUGGCCGACAGGGACUCCAAGACAAAACGGAAGUUGGCCGAGGCAGCCCAACAUCUAGAAUGUCUGUAUGAGAAGCUCUGGGAGGGGCCGCUCUCGCCUCAGGUCAUGGCUGGGCUUUGUGAGGUGGCUCGGUGUGCGGACUUGGGAAGCGUUGAGCAGGGGCAUGCCCAAGUGGUGGGCUGCAGCCGCUUCGGCGAGGUGUCCAGCUUUAUGCCUGUCCUCACCAUUGCGCAGCCUCUCUUGCCAGGAAGCCCCUCCGCUGUUUGUGAUGCAGUAGGGCUGGCUUCCAACCAGCUGAGUGCCGGCCUGGGGCCCCUUUACGCCUGGGCCUUCUAG